AGGGAAGAAGCGCACCUCAGACUCAGCAUCCAGUGCACUUGUGAACCACACGCAGCACAUCUUUGGAGUGAAUACAAGCCAACCCAGGAUUUUACACAUUAAAGCAAGACAAGGAAUACUUUUUGAGAGAUGGAUAAACUUUUCAGCAUUUUUCUUGGACUUUCCUGUGUGAUGUUCGCCACGGCGCAGGUGACUGUGUCCACACUCAAUACGACCAUCACCAACGCUACCUGCGGGACAGAUCGCGCAUGUAUCUCUAAUCCAGUGUCCUGCAACCCCGCGACGGAUAGCUCGUGUCUGUUCGUCUCCACAAAGUCAGAUGCCAAUGGCAACCUGAAUUUUGAACUCCGUGGAAAUUCCAGCGGCUACAUCGCCGUAGCUCUAUCAACUGACUCCAGCGCAGGAGGCGACGACAAAACCUACAUUUGCGCUAACAACAACUCUGCUCCCCUCUUUGUCUUUGCGCUGCUGGGGGCUAACAACACUCUAACCACUCAAAAUGAUACAUCAAGCAUCAGUAAUGUCAGUGCUUCAAUCAGCCAAUCCACCAUCCAGUGUGUGUUUGAUGUGAGUGGCCUGAACGCAACAUCCCGUGCCAACGCUGCAACCACCUUUUCAGUUGUACUGGCUUCCGGGACUGUUUCUGCUGAUGGUACACUUUCACCCGCAACUGUGCGAACGGUGUCUGAGCCACUGGACCUGUCCAACGCCAGUAGCACCAACACAGCAACAGCAACAGUUGCUCCCAGCACUAACUCAACAAACACCACCAAUGCCAGCAGCAAUGCCACCACCACAGCAGCCACCACAGCAGCCUCUGGGGGCAACAUCUCUCUGCAGCAUGGCCUUUCACAAGCCGUGUUGAUCCUCCUCGGCGUCCUGGCCAUCGGGAUGAUGUGAGUCCUUCCUGGUGAAGCCCCACCCUGCCUUAGCUGUACUGAGACAAUGCACUGACUUCUCCCACUGCCAAAGACUACUACAGCCUCUCCAUAGCCACAGGAUCGUCACCAUAUGAUGGUUAUCGCCGCCAUUUCACUCUAGCCAUGUUAUUUAAUUAGGGGUAUGCUUGUGUGUGUGUGUGUGUGUGUGUGUGUGUGUGUGUGUGUGUGCGUGUGUGAGAUUACAUAUAUGAGAUGAUGAAGAACAUAGCCUUGAGGUGACACUACCUGCAUUCACUUACUGUACUUAGACUAAGCAGACAAGACGUGUGUGUUUUUGUGUGUGUUUGUGUGUGUGUAUGUUAGUGUGUGUGUUUGAGAGAGAGAGAGUAAUAGAAAGAGAGACUGUCUGUGUGUCUAGAAACAUGAAGCAUGAAGCCAUUGAUUGGUGGAUAAUUACAGAAAUACGUUUUUUAAAAGGUUUAUUUUUCUCUGUCUUUUAUAAUAAAUAAAUUAUCUAUUGAUAUUGA